AUGGAAAAUAAAAAUUUUACUCUCCUUUCCGAUUGUCCCAACACAUGUGGUGAUAUACAAAUUGAAUAUCCUUUUGGCAUUGGCAAUAAUUGUUCUUUUGGUGUUGGAUUUAAUCUUACUUGUUCACAUGACUCGGAUUCUCCAAGACUCCUUCUAGGAGAUAGCAAUAUCCAAAUAAGAAAUUUUUCAAAAGAAGGGUUUGUCAACAUUGAAUCGCCAUAUGUCACAUUGAAUGCAGAUGAACAAUUCAUCAACACUACAUUGAUCAAUCUUAAGAAUUUGUCUCUCUCUUAUGGCUUACGUUUAGCUGAUUGGGAAAGCCUAUAUGGAUAUGAUGGAUAUGAAUACGGAUAUGGAUAUGGAUAUCCAGGCAACAACAUUUUGCUUGUGGUUGGUUGUAGUGUUAUUGCUAAUAUUGUUAAUCUCGUUAACAAUAGUUCGGUGGAGAAUUGCUUUACAAUAUGCUUCACUGCCAAUAUAUCAACUAUUGAGCGGGGACACAUGUUCAACAGUACAUAUUGUAGCUUUUACUUGGAUAGUGCAAAAUAUAGCCAGCUUUCAUGGGCUAUUCAAUUAACUCGAUUCAAUGAGAAUGUGGAACAUAUGAUCAACAAUAACAACUCCAACGUCAUAGCCAUCAUAUACAACAAUGACUUCAUUAAUGAUGAUGACUACGAAAGAUUUAUAAACAAUAGGAAUACAACUGGAAUGAUGGCAUCUCUCGCUUGGUACUUCAAUGACCAUUCAACGUGCAAAGAGGCCAUAAAGAGUAGCGACACUUAUGCUUGUCGUAGUAACAAAAGUGAAUGCCAUGAUGUCCUAUUUGACGAUGCACCAUUUUUGAAUGCAACCACCGUUGGUUACAUUUGUCGAUGUUCUUUUAAUCAUGUCGGCAACCCCUACCUACCUAAUGGCUGUCAACUAGAAACAAAGGCCAAAGGGUACAUAUGCAUAUGCAAAGAUGGCUACGAUGGAAAUCCUUACCUUCCUGAUGGAUGUCAAGAUAUUGAUGAAUGUAAUUCUACUACAAAAGUUUGCACCGGAGAUUGUAUAAAUACAGAAGGAAGUUACAGGUGCACAUGUCCUAGGGGAACAUCUGGUGAUCCUAUCGAAGGAACAUGCCUCCCCAACAGAAGGAAUGCUCUUAUAUUGGGUGUCAUCCUUGGUGCUAGCAUUGGAACAAGUCUCUUGCUCCUCUGUGUAACAUUGGUCAUCGUAGGAAAGAAAUGGAAGCAAAGAAAUCUAAAGAAAAUCAGACAAAGGAAUUUUCAUCAAAAUCAUGGUUUACUGCUUCAACAAUUAAUCUCUACAAGUGACCAUGUUGAUGAGAGAACAACUAUAUUUUCUUUGGAAGAGAUAGAAAAGGCAACAAACAAUUUUGAUGAAACUCGAAUACUUGGAAGGAGAGGACAUGGUACUGUUUACAAAGGGAUUCUAUCAUAUCAACGAGUUGUUGCCAUAAAAAAGUCAAAAACUGUUAAAAAAAGUGAGAUUGAUCAAUUCAUAAAUGAGGUUGCGGUUCUUUCUCAAAUCAAUCAUAGAAACGUAGUUAAGCUUUUUGGAUGUUGUUUAGAAACUGAAGUUCCUUUGUUGGUUUAUGAAUUUAUCUCCAAUGGGACCCUUUCAGAUCAUCUUCAUGUUUCACAAGGUGAAUCCAAAUUAUCCUGGGAUGAUCGUCUUAGAAUUGCCACAGAAUCUGUCGGAGCACUUGCCUAUUUACACUCAGCGGCUUCUAUAUCUAUUUUCCAUAGGGAUGUGAAGUCAUCAAAUAUUCUUUUAGAUGAUACAUUUAAGGCGAAGGUAUCAGACUUUGGAGCAUCAAGAUUUAUUCCUCUUGAUCAAACACAUAUAACUACUGCCAUACACGGUACCUUUGGGUACUUGGAUCUGGAGUAUUAUCAAACUAGUCAGUUGACAGAGAAAAGUGAUGUCUAUAGCUUUGGAAUUAUUCUUCUUGAACUUUUAACAGGAAAGAAGCCUAUAUACUCAACUAAUAUUGAGUCACAACAAAAUCUAGCAAUGAAUUUCUUUCAAGCAAAAAGAGAGAACACAUUGUUUGAUUUGGUAGAAGAACGUGUUUUGCAAGAAGGGACAGAGCCAGAGUUUCUUGAAAUAAGUAGUUUGAUAGAAACAUGCUUGAGUUUGAAAGGUGCAAAAAGGCCUUCAAUGAAGGAAGUUGAGUAUAAAUUGCAAAGUAUGAGAAAGACUAGAAUGAAAAGGAAAGGAGAUUGUAUACCAGAAGGCAACGAGGAAAUUGAAUGUUUACUCACUAUGUCAUCUCAAUCUUCCUCAGAAUUGAUGAAUCACAUAAGUCAAGGAAAUUCUAGGAAUUAUAGCUAUGAGAAGGAGCUCAUGUGGUCACAAAAUUGUGCUAGGUAAUUUGUUUUAUGUAU